AUGUUACUUUGGGAGAUAGCAGAACUAAAAAUUCCAUAUGCAAAAGAGAGAGAUAUCGCCAGCAUUCGGGAUAGAAGUUGGUCAUUAGGAGUACCACACUCGGAAUGGAAAAAUUUAGUUUCCAACCUUAAAAAUGGAGCCUGGCAUCCAGAUCCAAGUUUUCGACCAACUUUUACCGAAAUGUUUUUAACACUUGAAAAAAUAUAUAAAGAAUGUGAUUGUUUAACCACGAUCGAUUUUUCAGCAUUUGGAGAUAUGUCAGUAGAAGAAGCAAUUAUGGAACAUAAGAAAAGAGAUGGUAAUAAAAAAAAUGCCUGGAAAUGUUUUGAAGCACACGCGGCGGUAGGUGAUAUUACCGCUAAAUAUUGGAAAGGUUAUUAUUUAUAUUAUAAUCUUAUUGAUGGACCUGAAGAAUCAGAACAAGAAAGAGCAAUUGAAGCAACGAAAUUAUUUAAAGAAGCAGCAGAUGAAGGUGAUAUGCCCGAAGCACAAUUAAGAUACGGAAAUUGUUUAUUCAAAGGUGAAGGAGUGAUUAGAAAUUUAACAGAAGCUGCAAUAUAUUUUAAGAAAGCAGCGGAAAAUGGGAAUGCUACUGCAAUGUUCAAUAUGGGAAAGAUUUAUUAUUAUGGGAUGGGAAUUAACCAAGAUAUUAGUGAAGGAGAAAAAUAUUUAAAAUUAGCGGCUUACAAUAAACAGAAGCAGGCUGUUGAAAUGUGUAAGGAGAAGAAUAUAUCAUUGUAA